AUGGCUGCCAUGGAGCCAACGAGGCCAAGGGGGAUGUCGCGGGCGGGGUUCCUCGUCUCCUCUGCCAUGGUGGCAACCAUGUCGAAGCCUGUGUAGGCCCAGUAGACCACCCCCGCCGCCCGGAAAACCCCCUUUGCCCCGAAGGGGAAGAAGGGGGUCAGGUUGGAGGGGGCGGCGUGGACGGACCCGCCGACGACGAUGAAGCCGAUGACGGCGAUGCUGACCAGGGAGGUGACCCAGUUGAAGCAGGAGGCCCGCCGGGUGCCGGAGGCGGCGAAGGCGGAGCAGGCCACCAGGACCGCUACCGCGAUGGGGUCGAGGAGGUUGAAGCCGUCGGCCAGGGCGGGCACGCGGAUGCGGAGGGAGUCGGGAUGGCGGUCGAUGAGGGUGGCGAAGUAGGAGGUCCAGGACCGCGCCACCCCGGCGGCGCCGACGAGGGCCUCCAGGAGGAUGUUCGCGGCGGCGAUGUAGGCGACGAAAUCGCCCAGCUCGACGCGGAGGUAGGUGAAAGACCCCCCCGCGGAGGGGAUCUCGACGGCGAACUCGGCGUAGCAGAAGACAGAGAGGAGGGCAGUGAAGCCCGCGGCGGCGUAGGCGAGGACGAUGGCGGGGCCGGAGUCGUACCUGGCCUCGAGGCCCGUGAGGACGAACACGCCGGACCCGACGACGGCGCCGAAGCCGAGCCAGGCGAGAUCCCACCAGGUGAGGCACUUACGGAGACCGUGCUCGCUGCGUUUGGGGAGGAGGCGGAGCUCGGCAGCCGACGUGGAGCGACGCAGCAGGCGAGAGCGCAGGCGGGGCCCCGUCUCCGCUACGGCGGCAGCGUAGGCCGCCCAGGAAGCGAAGGAUGGCCCGGGGAAAAAGUCCUCUUUGCUCCACCGCCAGUAUCCACGGCGACCGCCCUCGCUGGGGGACGGGGGCCACCCAUCGAGACGCCCUCCUCCUCCCUCGCUGGACUUGUCGCCCAUGUCGUCCAUGUCGCCCAUGUUGAGACUCCUUUGAUACGAUACUGA